AAGGAGCGGGCGAGAGAGAAACAUCCAACUCGCAGGAGCAGAACGGCGGUGUUUAAAAAGGAUAAAGAGCGGACGACAAGACGGGAGAGAGAGUGAGAGUUACAGAGGCGCAGAAAAACAUUCGAUUCCCCCCUUGCCAGUCAGAGUCUUCUAUGAGCCGACGUCGUGAUGCCUUCGCCAUCAGCCCACGCCUCGCCCUUUAUCGCCCCGCGGCCCUUCCACCCUCACCUCACCGAAUUUCCCCUGACACAAGACACAGCUAUACCCUUACCGUCGUCUUCUUUCGCGGGAGGCACCAGCACCAGCACCGGUAGCAGGAAUAUUGAUGCCGAUGGCUACGCCGCUCCCAAUUCUGCCUCAACUCCAGCCUUGCCGCCGUCUAUAAUAUCUCCCGCCCUAUCCCCUACCUCUACUCCGGCGUCCACUCCGGAUGUCACCAGGGCCAGCCCCGGUACCAGCAAUGCGUACCCUGCCAUUAUAACUCCACGGGCCGGCUUAGAGGACCAACGAGCACUUUCUAAAGCUCCCAGACUACUCCCACAUCUCCCAAAGGUAGAAUGCAUUGUGCGUGCCCGUAUACCCACAACAUCCGGCGCGGAGAUGUUUCUGCAUUUAUACCAGAAUGAUGUCGAUAAUAAAGAGCAUUUGGCUAUUGUGUUCGGCAACUCAAUCCGCAGCCGGAGCCUUGAUAGAGUGCGAGAAGGUGAGACAGAGAUGGAUCGUAUGAUCAGGGGCGCAUACGUGGGCAGACUGCGGCCAGGACGCCAGAGCAGUAGGUACGACGAGGCUAUUCCCUCAAAAGACACACAUUCUCCAAAGAACACCUCCGUACAGACCCUCUCUCAAGCUCCGCUGGUCAGAAUACACUCAGAAUGCUACACCGGUGAAACAGCAUGGUCCGCUCGAUGUGAUUGUGGCGAGCAGCUUGAUGAAGCUGCUCGCCUCAUGUCCGAACCUGCUACACCUCCAUCCGGUGAAGAUACAGACGCCUCGGGACCUGGAGGUGUGAUUGUCUACCUGCGUCAGGAAGGUCGUGGGAUUGGCCUCGGUGAGAAGCUCAAGGCAUACAAUCUGCAAGACCUCGGUUCAGAUACCGUCGAAGCCAACCUACUCCUUCGCCACCCCGCAGAUGCGCGCAGCUACGGCCUAGCAACUGCAAUCCUAGUAGACUUGGGACUAGGACAGGACUCGUCCAAUGGCGGUAUACGGCUAUUGACGAAUAACCCCGAUAAAGUGGCUGCUAUCGAGGGACCGAAUAGGGAAGUUGUCGUCCAGGAGAGAGUGCCAAUGGUACCGCUUGCGUGGAAAACAGGCGGUGCCAAGGGUAUCAAAAGUAUUGAGAUUGAAGGCUACCUUCGAACCAAGAUCGGGAAGAUGGGCCAUAUGCUUGAAUAGACCGGUAACCCCCGUUUAGCACCGUCCCAUCGCACAAUCCGCAAACCCGCAAAAUCUGCAUUUCCAUUUGCUUUUCAAUUUCCAUGCCACUUAUAUUUUCAGGACCCAUCUCUCUAGCAUCUGUUUACAUCUACAGCGAGUCUUCUUUUACUAUUUCUGCACGUUUUAAUGAGCCUCUAAACUUACUUGCUGUUUCAGCCUGAUUUUUUUUUAUCAACAAGCUAGUGUUAUAUGACCGGGAAGAACCUUUCAACCCACCCGCGGUAGUUGGGCACGGCCCGAUCAAAUGAACGAUCGUUAGGUAGCCACUUAUAGCCUUAAUGAUACCUUCUUUUUGCCAUAUAGAAAGACGUCUUUGCUUUAUUAUAAUGACUUCCUGCCACAC